GACUAAACUACAGCCAUGCUGUGUGGCCUGAGGAGAGAUACCAAGAACAGCAUUGAUGAAGGACCAUACUCAAAGGGGAGCAAAGAGUCCGGGGCAACUGACCAAUCAUAUUCCUCCCGGAGGCGCAGCCUUUCAGCAGAGGAGUACCGAGGAGUGACCACGGUGGACCUGAUGAAAAGGGAAGGCAGCAGCCUCGGCCUUACCAUCUCCGGAGGGUCCGAUAAGGACGGCAAGCCUAGAGUGUCAAACCUACGGCCAGGUGGGCUAGCUGCCAGGAGUGACCAGCUGAAUGUAGGAGACUACAUCAAGUCAGUGAAUGGCAUCAACCUGUCAAAGCUUCGCCACGAUGAGAUUAUCAGCCUGCUGAAGAACAUCGGGGAGCGAGUCGUGCUGGAGGUGGAGUACGAGUUGCCUCCGUUCGUCCAGACCCCGUCAGGAGUCAUAACAAAAACCAUAGAGGUGUGUUUACACAAGGAGGGAAACAGCUUUGGGUUUGUCAUGAGAGGGGGCUUUCAUGAGGACUGGCGCAGGUCUCGUCCUCUGGUGGUGACCUAUGUCAGGCCCGGGGGUCCGGCUGACAGAGAGGGCACUUUGAAGGCCAGCGACCGAGUAUUGAGCAUAGACGGGAUGCCUUUAAACAGAGAGAAGCACGCUGACGCUUUGACCAUGCUGAUGCAGAGCGGCCAGGAAGCUCUGUUCCUGAUUGAGUAUGACGUCUCUGUCAUGGAGGCAGUGCAGCAAGCCUCAGGCCCUCUGCUGGUGGAGAUAGUGAAAGGUCCCUCCGCCAGCCUGGGGAUCAGUCUCACCACAACGAUAUACAGGAGCAAACAAGUUAUUAUUAUUGACAAGAUAAAGGCAGCCAGCGUGGUCGAAAGGUGUGGAGCGCUGCACGUAGGUGACAUCCUUUUGUCUAUAGACGGGACCAGCACAGAGCACUGCUCUCUGAUGGAGGCCAUGCAGCUUCUUGGCAACACCUCUGAUGUUGUCAAACUGGAGAUUCUCCCGGCUAGUCAGAGCAGACUUCCUGUCAGGCCACAAGACACAGUAAAAGUGCAGAAGAGCAACCAUCAUCACUGGGAUCAAAGCAGCAACUACUGCCAUCCCCCACAUGCCAGCCACAGCAAGACAUGGAGCAGCCCAAGCCACCCACACAACCAGCAGGACCACUGCAAAUCUCUGGUGAGUGGUGGCUUCUCCCCUUCCUCCACAGCCACCUCAGGCUUCAGCAGCCAGGGUAGCAACACGCUGCCCUGCCCCGUCCCUCCGAUCGCUCCCACCAGCCCCCGCAGCUCGACUGGCAAGAGGAGGACCAGGAAGAAGGACCACAAAAGCUCAUUAUCUCUGGCAUCCAGUUCUGUUGGCCCAGGGGGGCAGGUUUUUCAUGUGGAAACAAGCGAAGUCGUCCUGAGGGGGGAUCCGCUCACAGGUUUUGGGAUCCAGCUGCAGGGGGGUGUCUUUGCUACAGAAACCCUGUCUGCUCCCCCAGUCGUCCGCUUUAUUGAGCCCGACAGCCCAGCUGAGAGGUGUGGACUGCUGCAGGUUGGAGACAGAUUAUUGUCCAUUAAUGGGAUCCCAACUGAAGAUGGCACUUUGGAGGAAGCCCAUCAGCUGCUCAGAGACUCUGCUCUGGCCAAUAAGGUCACAGUGGAGAUUGAGUUUGAUGUUGCAGAGUCUGUGGUUCCUAGCAGUGGCACCUUCCAUGUUAAACUACCGAAGCGGAGAGGAGUGGAGCUGGGCAUCACCAUCAGUGCAAGUAAGAAACCUGGCAAGCCCCUCAUCAUCUCUGACAUCAGAAAAGGAAGCAUAGCACACAGAACAGGCACUCUGGAGCCUGGAGACAGGCUGCUGGCCAUCGACAGUGUGCGCCUAGAGAACUGCACCAUGGAGGACGCUAUGCAUGUCUUGCAGCAGGCCGAGGACAUGGUCAAACUUCGGAUACAGAAAGAUGAGGACAAUAUUGAUGAGUUGGAGAUGUCAGGCUCUAUAAUCUACACAGUUGAGCUGAAGAGAUAUAACGGACCACUUGGCAUCACGAUUUCUGGUACAGAGGAGCCCUUUGACCCCAUCGUCAUUUCUGGCCUUACCAAGAAAGGCCUGGCAGAGAGGACUGGGGCCAUCCAUAUAGGAGACAGAGUCCUGGCCAUCAAUGGGGUCAGUCUAAAAGGAAAGCCGCUGAGCGAGGCCAUCCACCUCCUGCAGAUGGCUGGAGAGUCCGUCACCCUAAAGAUCAAGAAACAAGCCGACCAGUCCGACGGCCGACGGCGUCCGGAAAGAGAAGCUGGGUUUUUAAGUGACACAGAGGAUGAUCUGACAGACUCCCAGAAGACCAGUAAACACUCAGAAGUCUACUCUGCCACUGUGCCCAGUAUAGAUUCCGCAAUGAGCUCCUGGGACGGCUCAGGGUUCGAUGCGGGCUACGGUAGCCAAGGGACAUAUCUUCACAAAACGUCUGAUAUAUUACUCAAUCCAAAUGAGUGGAGGCGUACAAAGCACAGGAGCCAAACCAGUUCCAGCUCUGCAGGCCUAGUCCACCACACAGCGCUCUACGAUGGGAGAUUCACUGAGGAUGAGUGGGACAAGAUACCUAGAUUCGUCAGCCCCCCUCGUUGCCAUGGCACCCUGAACCAGGAAGACAGCUUCUGGUCCCAGGCCCUGCAGGACCUCGAAACCUGUGGCCAGUCAGAGAUUCUCAGGGAGCUGGAGGCAUCCAUGACAGGUAGCGCUCUAAGUCUGUACCUAGAGGAGACCAAGACCAAUGAGGACUCCAUGUUUCAGUCUGAAAUUAGUCCCAUCAAGAGGGAGGGAAUCCAUGUCGAGUCUAAGAACAAAAGCAACCUAAACAUGUCGACCGGCGCCAGAGACAUUGCAUCCCAGAGCAAAGGGGACCCCUCUGAUAUUAUGUCUCCUACGACCCUGGCACUGCACAAGGUGACUAUAAGGAAGGACCUUGAGAGCCAUGACUUUGGUUUCAGUGUAUCUGAUGGGCUUCUGGAGAAAGGGGUUUAUGUCAACAUGAUCCGACCAGAUGGCCCAGCUGACGAGGCGGGGUUAAAACCUUUCGACCGAAUUCUUCAGGUGAACCGUGUCAGGACCAGAGACUUGGACUGCUGUCUUACUGUGCCCCUAAUUAUGGAAGCAGGAGACAGCCUGGAUUUGGUCAUUAGCAGGAAUCCGCUGGCAACAGCAGAUACCGGGCUGCCUGACGACUGUGACGACCCCUCAAACUCACUGUUCUGCUUUUCUGAGCACAGGACCAACAGCAUCGCCCUGUGACCACAAAGAUGGACACUAGCUUUUGAAACACUGCUGCGCUGGGACCGCACACACACAUACGUCAUGCAUGGCUAAGUUUGUCACAUUGUACCACUCAGACCUUCACACUCAUGAACACCCUCUCACGUGCACAAACGCAGACUCACACAGCCACUCUCAAGGCCUGGAAGCAUCUCGCACUCACAAAGUUACAAGUGCAUGUGUUCACUAUUGCCGGUUUUAGUCACUGAGCUGCAUCAUAUUCACAUGAUGCAGCUCAUAGGAGGCUCUGGCUUCAGGGAAGCCCCCUCCCCUUCUCUCUCUAAAGGCAAAGCCACAUGUAGGGUUAUAUAACAGGGGAGUCAUAGCUUCUGACUGAGCAAGGAUGUCAACACAUGCAGCUCAGCUCUUGAGAGAGUCAAAUGCUGCACAUACACACUCUGCAUAAAUUUACCACCUCUUGCUUUAAUGGGCAUCAUGUUCUUAUUGAAAGAACACCAACCCCAUUGUGUUUUUCUUUUUGUUACACAAAAGACGCACACACACAGUUCUUUUAUAUGCAUGUAACACACGCACACACUGACACAGGGUGUUAGUGGACACAAGGUUCAAGGCACGUUGUGCUUAUUUAAGUUAUUUUCUUGGCUCACUGCCCUCAUUUCCAGUCUCUCCUCCAUACUGCCUGCCCCAGAGAAGGCACGGUGCCUCCAAAUAGACAGAAUCCUCACUGCCACUUGCCAAGUCUCAUUAACUAUAUGUUAAAGCUCCUUAUAUCUAAAUACCAUGAUUGCUUGUGAAGACACUCUACCUUUCUGUUUUAAAGUGGAUUGCCCUUGACAGAUAAAUAGUUUCUGAAUGGUUCAAGAGAGACUCUGGUGUUCAGUGCUAAAAUUGCAUUUUGAUUUUAAUUUCACAUUCUGCACAUGGGUCCUCGUAACACUGCGUUUGCACAUUUCUCUAUAAUGCUCUAAGAGGUCACUUUUUUAAGUUUCACUUUCCCAGUGUGAACCUGAGUCUUUGUAUGUGACACUCCACCAGAAAAAGUGAUGGGUUGGGGUUUUUUUUGUCUGAAACUGAUGCUUCUUCAAGUAAUUCACAUCCCCUCUGAAAAUGGAGGAUGAAAUGCCUUUUCAGUUUUCAGUGAUGAAUGAUUUUCUUGUUUUAACUCCACAUUUGACUGGAUUGAUAAUCAGUUUGUUCCUCUCUACAGUAGCUGUUUUUCUACCAUUAUCUAUAAGCAUGUUAAGCAUGCAUAGGGGUUGUCCUCAAGCCAGUAGCUCUUCCUAAAUAAUAAAAAAAUAUAUAUUGGGACAAUCUCUCUCUCUGCUCUAGGAUGAUCAUUGUGAGCGUGUUCCCUUUUUUUUUAUCAUGACAUUGUGUUUUUAUAGAGCUUUUGUGUUACAAAUCUGGCCUGCUGAUCCAGCUGCCUCAGUGGAAAUAAGAAACAUUUGCUUCAUUUCAUUUGUUGGCUGAUGUGAAGAUGUGUGAUAGUAAAACUGUCCCAUUUAGAGCAGCCUUACAGACUGAUAAAUCCUUGGGAUGGUAACUUUUUUCAGUCCAACUCAUGACUCAUGUCUUCUAUCAAAUCUCAUGUUGUAUACAGAGGCCUAUUUUUAAGGUUUUAUAUUGACUGUAUUGUACCUUUAUUUUAUUGUAUAAUGUCUCUUGGUAUGCUGUGCUUUCUUUUUAUUUACAGUACAUGUACAUACAGUAUAUGAUCUUUAUGUAAGCUGUGAUACUGAAUGUGGCUGCACAUUUUUUGGUUGAUUUCCACAUCAUCCCUGAUGUAACCGUGAACAUGUCAGGAAUCCGUCGAAAGGAACUUGAAAGAUUUAUUGGAUAUUAUUUUAUUUUUGUUAUUUAAUUUAUUAUAAACUAAGAAAAUGUAUUUCUUUUUAUGAGAAUAAAGUUAUGAAACCAUA